AUGCACAAAACGGUAACAAAGAAGUCAGGAAUAAUGUGACAAAGUAAGCUACAUUUAUCUCCCUUUGCCUAGCUACUCACAGAAAGAAUCAGAUUCAGCAAAUUAAAGGAGCAUCAUCAAGGGAAAUGCUAACCAGCUCAUUAUAAACUUUUUUUGACUCUCAAAGCUUGUUGUUGCAUACUUUUAAGAUUGAGUUUUCUUUUCCUAGCUCUCAUUUCUACUAUUUGGAUUUUUCAAAUUCCUGUUGUAGCUGUCUCUCUAUCUCUUCCUAAUUAAUUGGUUUCAUGACAGUGAAACAUUACUGCAUGGUGAUGAGGAUCAACAUUGAUUGCAGUGGAUGUUACAGAAAAGUCAAGAGAGCCAUUCUUGAUAUGCCAGGGUUGGACAGCCAUCUCCUUGAGAAGCAGCAUACAAGGGUAGUUGUGUGUGGCAGAUUCAUCCCACAAGAUGUGGCAAUCAAGAUAAAGAAAAAAACUAACAGAAGAGUUGAGAUUUUAGACAUUCAAGACUUGAGCGAGAGCAAUGAAGAAAUGGAAGACCAGAAACCAAUCACCAAUAAUUGGACUCUUUUAGCCACCCAGAAUCAAAUGGGAGCGUGUCUGGCUUGAGAAAAACAGAAUAUAUAUAUAUAUAUAUAUAUAUAUAUAUGUGUGUGUGUGAUGUACUAUUUAUCUCAGCUGCAAUAAUUUUCCUGUUUAUGAAGUUAUUAGCUGGUAGCUAGUUACUUUUUCAGAGAACAGUUACUCUUAUGUGUUAUUUCCAAUAAUUUAAACCUUAAAUAUAUAUGAAA